GAAAAAACGGCCCAGGUCCGAUUACGGACAUGAAUUUGAAAGAAAAAAAGAAUAUUUCAAAUUUCUGGAGAAAAGUAAAGUGUCUGGCCGGACGAGUCGAAGAGGAAGAUGGUAUACGAAUUUAUAGUUAAGAGAAAAACAGAGGCGGCGAUUUGUAGAAUGAACGGCAUCGCCGAGAGCACCCUCCGCGGAUGGGUGCACUAUGUGGAGGAUUACCUGAAGCAGGCGGAAAAGAGCGGAAAGUACAUAGAAUUUACGCUCCAGGGUUUUGUGGACGACGAUGGAAAUAUCAUCGACAACAAAGUGCACACAAAAGCAUAAAAAAAAAUCCACCGUCGCGUCCCAGAGACGUCAGCGUAUCAACCUUAAGUGCCUCCACGCCUGAGCGGUUAUCUCGUGAUUACGCAGCAAGCAGGAAGCCCAGCACAUCCGAUGAGGCGACAGAUGAACCUCUGGAUUUAUCUGUAGCCAAAAGGGACUCGGAGACUCUUACCAGAAAGACGGCACAGGAACCGUUGGCCGACAUUGAAAGAUCGUUCCUCGGGAUUCAGAGAAGCGGGUCGCACAACGUCCCUGAUAAAGCCCUCGAAUUUUGGCAGACACUAAGCGCAUGGUGGCAGAAUUUAUAGAAUAGCGGCAGAAUGAGCAAACUUGAAGAAGAAGAGAAGAAUUGCGUGUGGUUCGUUGGCAAGGGUCCCCGAGGUUACCGCCGCCAUAGAAUGCAGUAAACGAGAAAAUAUUCCGCCCUCCUGUGAUAUAUUAGGAAAUCCUGCGAGAAGAAUCUGUAAAAAUUUUGUGUAAAUUUCGUUUGUAAGAAUUCUCGUAGGAACUUUUUUAGUUGAUAACGCAUUUUAAGCUAAUUUUUAUCUUGUAUUAACGAAAACCAAUCCCAGUUUUCACUUAUGAAAUAAAAAAGUAUACAUAAAUAAAAAGAAACAUUCAUUUUACUAAUAUUGAUCUGCCUAUACAACAUAAUAUCAAGGGACGCGAUAGCGCCGCGUUGACAAGAAAAAGUUCGAAGUACGGUUUGAGACAAGGCAACCCUGUAUACUUUAAAAUUGAGUUUCCUAACCUUAAAAAAAUCUCGAUUGCAUAUAAAUCGUUAGUAUUGCACGUAUGCGCAAUCUGUUGGUAUCAACUUGAAAUAUUGGGAGUAUAAAGUUAAUUCGCGGUCAGAAAAAUGGCGACAACAAAGUCGAUACAUACAUAUAUAUAUAUAUAUAUAUAUAUAUAUAUAUGGCGGCGAUAAAAUCGCAUCCACCAGAGGGCAUAUUGCAACUUUAAACUCCCAAUAGUAACCUACCCUUGCAUUUCUAAAAAGAUUCAUCCGAAAAUAUCAUGUUAUUAACUUAAUAUUGCAAGUUGAAAAUUUAGUCGUUAUGUUUCUUUUCGUUUAGAGUUUCUUCUCCCGAUAUUUUGCCUCCCCCCGGUCACGUAACUUCCGGUGAGUUAUGGAUUAUACGCCAGUGGUUACAGCAGUUAAUAUACUUUACAGACAUCCGUCUGCUGCAAGGUGACGCCCGAUUGUGCUUAUAUAUAAUGUAAAUAUAAUAAUGCCAUACGAUUAUAUGGGAAGGCAUUUCCGCGUUUCCCGCGAUAUUAGAAGCCAAGCUACGCUUUCCCGCUGCAGAUGGCGGCGGGCGAAGCGACGCUUUUCCUCUUCCGCACAGCCGAGGUGCAUCAGGGGAAACCCCAGAAUUCCGAGCCUUGGCGGAACAGCUCGAAACCCUCCGAACGAACGGCGGCGGCAGCGUCCUAACCAGCCCGA